AUGGAGAAAGCGAAAGCCUACAUAAAAAGCUCGUUGAAUACGAGCGGCGGGCCUAACCUUAGCCCGCCGACGACCAACGGGAACGGAAAUACCACUCCCGGUGCUGGGAAGUCACCCGUCUCACCUGCCCCUGCCGCCUCCGCUAUGCCCGCCGCGCCCGCUGCACGCGACGCUCCAGAUGAGCGCGUGUGUUUCGUGUGCGGUGGGAACGGCUUCAGCGAUUACUUCACUAUACGGGUGAAGCCUGAUCCGCAGAGCAGCGAGCCCUACUUUCCGUUCCUGGGUGCGCAUGCGGCGCCGGCCGGCUACCGCGCCGACGGCGACGAGGAGGGCACCGUUAAGUGCUGUUGUGUGUGCUAUACCUUCUUGAGAUCGCAAUGGGAGCAGUACGACAGAGAGAACAAACCUCACACGCAACGAUUCUACUGGAUGAAGAGGCUGGACGGGAAGCCCUUUAUUGACGAAUUUCAAUAUCUAAACGAGUGUUCGUAUCGCACCGUCCCUACGGACCACCACGUCAACCCUCCCACUAGGGAUGGACCGCUCUUGUACAAUGCGGUACCAAUCCGUGCAUGUUAA